AUGGACCUGGGCACCCUUUUGACUCCAAAGGGUGUGGUGACGGUUCUGAGCGAUCAGAUCGUGAUCAUGAUCCUCGGCGCCCUCUUGUUGUGCCUGGUAUUUCCGGCCCUCGCCCGCAAACGCCAAGGGGCUGAAGGUACGGCUUCUCUGGUGCCGAAGGGCUUUGCGGCGUUCGUCGAGAUGGUUUGCGAGUACUGGCGAAAAGAGGUGGCCGAGCCUCACUUGGGCGAGCACGCCGACAAAUUCAUCAAAUUCAUCUGGUCGGCCUUCUUCUUUGUGCUGACCAUGAAUGUGCUGGGUCUGCUGCCCUUGGCCGCGGUCACUCCGAUGUUGACCGGUCUGCAUAUCGGCGGCACACCUACCGGAAAUAUCUGGGUCACCUCGACUUUGGCGAUCAUGGUCAUGAUCUUGAUGGUCGUAAACGGCCUGCGCUACGGCGGAAAAGCCUAUUUGGCUCACUUCUCGCCCGGUCCCAUCUGGAUGGCGCCGCUGAUGAUUCCUGUGGAGGUCAUGGGUCUGAUCGCUAAGAUCUUUGCCCUGGCGGUUCGUCUAUUCGCCAAUAUGGUCGCGGGUCACGUCUUGCUCGCCGUUCUCUUGAUGAUGAUCCUCAUGUCGGGGCAGGCGCUCGGCGCGGCUGCCGGCGGAGGCAUCGGAAUCGUUCUCGUGAUCGCGGGCGUUGCGGUCAACAUGUUGGAGAUAUUCGUCGCUUUCUUACAGGCGUUUAUCUUCACCUACCUGACCACGCUGUUCAUCGGCAUGUCGGUGAACGUGCACCACGACGAGCACCACUAA